AUCAGCAGCUGGCAAUCUUUAAAAAUAGAAUUCCUUAUUUGAUUGAAUUUUAUCCAAAAUCCAAAAACGCAUCAAAACGAGCAUUUAUCUUGGAAAUUAGUGCCUUCGACACAGCCUUUAGUGUCAGCGAGAGUGUAUCGUACUGCGGUGUUUCUAGUCCAACGUGAAUUGUCAACAAAAGUUUAGGAAUAUUUUGCCAGAUAUUUGAAGAUUGAACCUACACAAAACUUGUAGAACAUUAGAAGAUGAGCAAAGUGCCACCAUCCGCUCCCGUCUCUCCGUCGACAAUUCCAGCAGCGCCGCCCUCGUCCGGUCCCUACUAUGGAUUCACGACACCGUAUCCCAGUCAGCCGUUCCAGAAUCAACCACCACCGACAUAUGCGCAAGCAGUUGGUGGUGUUCCACCUGCGGCCCCUUUCACGCCCCAACAACAGUCACUGCGGCAACAACACAUUAUCACGACCGUCGUUCCACUGGGACUCAAUCCCACACACAUGAUUUGUCCACAUUGCCAAAAGGAAAUGGAAACAAAAGUCCAGAGAUCGCCAAAAGUUGCCGCAUAUUUGGCAGGCAUGCUAAUUUGCUUGAUGGGAUUGUUUUGCGGAUGCUGUCUGAUCCCUUGCUGCUUCAAUGAAUGCAUGGCCGUACAUCACUAUUGUCCAUAUUGUGACAGUUUCGUUGGACGUAGUUCCAAAUCAUUGUAAAAAAGUUUACAAAUAAUCAGUACUAACACACCAACUGAGCUAGUACCUACAUAAAAGUAAUUUUAACGAUAAAUUAUAUUGAUCCCGGGUGUUGGAUUCUUCCAUAAUCACAAAAACUUGACGGAAAUAUUAGUUGGUUUUUUUGGAACAUGUUUGAAACUCUGCAAACUCGAAUCAAAUAACAAAAAUCUCAUAUUUGUCCCGUUAGGGUAGUCCAAAACCCUUUUCUUUUUCGCGUUACAUUUUUUAUGUUUCAGAAAACACUCUUAAAAUUAUUUAAUUUUGAAUCAUUUCUUAUGAUUUAUGUUUUUAAAACUUGAUUUUUACUUUCAAAACUACCAAAAGAAAACCAUAAUUGAAUGGUAAACGCACAACUUCGAAUCA